GCCGUCAGCAUUCGUAUCUAACAUGUCGUACGCCCAACUCCGGAAAAUAUACAUAUGUAUUUGAAUGCUUCAGAACGGUAUUUUAAAUCAAGAAAAGAAUCGGCAAGAAAACAUGAACGGACUUUCAAAAAAAGUUAUCAAAUAUAAAAUAAAAACCUGAUUAAGAAAAAUUAUUAAGUUAAAUUUUAUAAAAUAUUAAUGUUUGCAAGCGUUUUAUGUGUCAAAAAUGAAGUCCAGGCGAAGAAUUAUAAAUGCAACUUAGCGACAAAAACAGGAAUCAGAGGAAGCAGCUUUUCUUGAUAAAUAAAGUCGGAUUUAAUAUAUGGACAUAUAUAAUUUACGCGAAUUACGUUACGGAGUCGUUAAUAAAAUAGCAUAAAUUGUUUUAGCAUUUUUUUGCAGUGAACAAGAAUAGUGUGUUGAUGAGUUAAAAUUUUUUUGUUUCAAACCAACGCAUUUGUCAAACAAAGCCUAAUAACGAUAAUUUGAACUUUGGCACGAAUGCGCCAUAUCAGCAAAGUAUGACAUGCUGCUUCUUGGGCCAAUUCACAUUCGGCCGUCCUGAUUAUGCAUUUGCAUCGAAUGUGUCUUUCAAACUAAGCCAAGCUCUUCAGUUGUUUCUCGUAAAUUAAUAAAAUUAUUGGACCAUCAAAGCUGCCAAUCUUUUGGAUGACAUAAGAUUUCAUUAUCAUGCUUGGAGCUCAUAUCGAUAUGACUAGAAGUUUAUUGUAUCUGGAUAGUUUAAGAGAGAUCGACUGACAUAGCCUCUAUUAUAAAUGCUUAUGGACUCUCAGAGAAAUUUGUAAACUAGCCUAGUUUUGGUAAACUAGGAUAAUUAUAAAUGUUUGCGUAAAAAAAAAGCAAACGCAAAGUUCCCCAAUGUGCAUUAUGUCUAAACUAAAAGAUUGGGCAAGUACCCUUUUAAAAAGCUUACGACAGUAAAACACUGCCAAAAAUUAAAUUAUAAAGUGUAUAAAAAAGUUCGAUUAGAAACGCGACUGAUAAAAUGAACUUAUAACGAAUGUUAAGUGAAUCAGCUGAUUAAUAACUUGAAAAUAUAAUAGAACAUUUUUAUAAAGUGAAUUAGUGGAGAGAUUACAAAGACUAAUAACUAAUCAUAAUAAUUUACACUUUAAGACUUAAACCAAAAAUUAUACAAUUUCUUAAUACAUCAUGUGGACAAAUCUUGAAUUGGUUAUUCUAAGCCUUUUUACGCUAUGGGUUUUAGCAACAGCUGUCGGUGAAGCGGAUUACACUCUGGACGAUUCUUUUUGGAAUGAGGAAAGUCCUGUUGGGGAAGUGGAACGAUUACUUAAGGAAUACAGGCAAAACCAGGAGCUUGUACGAAGAAUUGGGGGUCAUUACUACCAAAUAAUAUAUCCGGUGCAGUUACGACACCAUGAGAAAAUGGGAAUUUCGACUCGCGAAAUUAGUUCAGCAAAGCCUGGACAAAGACCGCGACCUCACGAAGAGAGUGGUUUCAAUAGAGGGAGAACCAAGAAACACUUUCACCGAACUUCCCUACUAAUCAAGGCAUUUAAUCAUAAAUUUCGUCUAGACCUUGAGCUUAACUCGCAACUCUUAUCACCUAACAUACAACAGAAACAUUAUCACGUCGGUGGAUACCUCGUGGAUGGGAAUCGACAUGACAUCGAACAUUGCUAUUACCACGGAACAGUCAAAGAUUAUCCGGGUGCAAGUGCGGCAUUUCAUACAUGUAACGGUGUCAGCGGAGUCAUACAUAUUGGAAAUGAAACAUUUGUUAUUCAUCCGUUUUAUGGCGGGGAUCUUUCGAAACAUCCACAUGUUAUAUUUGAAGCUCGUACGAAAGCAAACAAAGGAUGUGCUAAUUCUGGAAAUCUAGACUCUUGGCGUUUGUCUCGCCGCACGAAGCAUCUGCCAGCGGGAAUCGCAGGUGUAGUGGAAGAUAUUUUUGAAGGCAAUGGUAUGCGUAUGCGACGAGAUGUACGAGAAGCUACAAAGUACAUUGAAACUGCAAUUGUUGUCGACAAGGCAAUGUUUGAUAAACGCAAUGGAAGCACACGUGCCGAGGUAAUUCACGACGCUAUUCAAGUUGCUAAUAUAGCAGAUUUGUAUUUUCGAACUUUAAAUACUCGAGUAUCGGUUGUUUAUAUUGAGACGUGGGGUAAAAAUCAGGCUAUCAUCGAUGGAAGCAAAGAUAUAAGCAAAGCAAUAUCUAACUUUAAUGAUUACACAUCCCGAAACUUAUUUCAAGUGGAGCGUGAUACUACUCAGUUGCUUUCAGGUGAAAUAUUUGCCGGUGGGGAAGCUGGAAUGGCUGUUCCUGAAACUGUUUGUACACCACGCGCAGUAGGCAUAAGUGUGGAUGUAAACGUAUAUGAGCCACAUCUUUUGGCUGGUACAAUGGCUCAUAUGAUCGGACACAACAUUGGAAUGGGACAUGACGAUGGACGCGAAGAAUGCUUUUGCCGUGAUUGGCAUGGUUGUAUUAUGGCUCAGUCAAUUGUCGGCCAAGAGAAUGUGCAGCCUUACAAAUUUUCUGAAUGCAGUAAAAAGGAUUAUAUCGAUUCUUUGCGAACUGGUCAUGGAUUAUGUCUGCUCAAUAAGCCAAAUGAAAUUGAGCUUCGACGAAAUUGCGGAAAUAAAGUGGUUGAAGAAGAUGAGGAAUGCGACUGUGGCACAUUUGAAGAAUGCGCUUUGGACCCCUGCUGUGAUGGUAUAACUUGCAAACUAAAAUCAGAAGCACAAUGUGCUAGUGGUGCUUGCUGCGACCAAUGUCGGCUACGUCCGAAGGACUAUAUAUGUCGAGACACGCACAACGAAUGUGAUCUUCCUGAGUAUUGCGAUGGCGAAUUGGGACAAUGUCCUUUAGAUGAAUAUAAAAAAAAUGGUUCUCCUUGUGGAAUUAAUAAGUCUGGAGUCUCAGGUUAUUGUUUCCAGGGGAAUUGUCCGACAUUAAGUUUACAAUGUGAAGCUAUUUGGGGCUAUGGAGGAUCAGCUGCAGAUAGACAGUGUUAUGAACAAUUUAAUUCAAAGGGUUCUAUAAACGGACAUUGCGGGCGAGAUGCCAGUGAGCACUAUAUAAAAUGUGAACCAGAGAAUGUACAAUGUGGUACUCUGCAAUGCAAGGAAGGGGAGCGACAACCGGUAAAUGAUGGCAUCGACCAGCUUUAUUCACGAACUAUCAUUUCAAUCAAAGGUCAGGAAUACGAAUGCAAGGCAACGAGCGGACAAGUGGGCACCAAUAGUUACCCACAGCAUGGCCUAGUGAUGGAUGGAACCCCAUGUGGUGAUAAUUUGAUUUGCCUAAACCAAACGUGUGUCAGUCUAUUUCCGUAUGUAGAUCAAACAAAGUGCCCAACAAAUAGUCGUGGUCAAGAAUGCUCAGAACGUGGCGUUUGUACCAAUACAAACCGUUGUUUUUGUGACAUGGGAUGGGGUGGCACAGAUUGCAAUUCUGUUGUGCUACUGACCACAGCUCCACCAACUGAACCUUUGCCCACUCCAGAAAACACUAUAAAAAUGGAAAAAAAAGAAACUCCAUAUGGCACCUCUGACCAAAAUAGGAUCAGCACAUUAACCAUGGUCAUCAUUUUAACAGUUAUCGUGAAAUGUGUCUUCAUUAGCUUUGCAACACUGGCCGUUUGCUACAGACGCAAAACAACGACACUUAAGUACGAUCCGCCUUAUGCAAAGAAGCCGAUUACAAAAAACUAUGGAGGUCCAUUAUCAGCACCCAAUCAUAAUUCCGUUGAAGAGGUUUCACUGGAUGGAUCUAGCAAGUUAGUGUACGCCAAUCAGACUGGUUUCAGGGAAAAGGGUAUACAUGGACGUCGAUACACAUCAGGAGGCGAAGAUGAACAGUCCCAUGCAGAAAAGGGAAUAUUAAAAAAGCAUGGAUAUGGUCUGGUUCAUGGGGAGCAACUUAAAGACAAAUGGGGUGAAGACAGCCAGUCUGACAACCUCGAACUGAUAGCUCAAGAUGGACCAUUGGCAUCGUCCAGUGGCGGCGCCGCAGCCUCUGAAGUAGAGCGAACUUUAAAAUCACUUAACGGAUACCAUGAAGAUAUUUUGGAGGCUCUACGUAAUGCUGCGACACACCGUGGUACUGGAACUGGCAACACACCAGUUGGUAGUGGUAGUCUUAGUGAGGAAAUGUUACGGAAAACAUUACAGGAGUGUAACUCUUCCCAGCUGGGAUACUCUGCUGAGUCACAUAAACGAACUAAUGGAUCAAAGUCCAACUCGCGUGAAAAUGUUUGCGACAAAGCUGCCGUGCACGCGAUAUUACUGGAUUCCACUGGAACUGGUCUCGGAAACAUGGGCCUGGGAGCAAGCAUUGGGACAGUUGGCGGUUCGUCCUCUAUGCCAGGCGGUGUCUCACAUGGUACUGCAUUGCUGCAUCACCACCGAUCGCAGCAUCAGUUGCACCAACCUUCAAGUGUGGCACUGCAAACGCAACAACUGGAUGAAGACGAAACACCAGCAACUGGACCUUUACGCAUACGUAAUCUAGAGGACUUAAUAAGACAACUUGAACACCACUCAUCCCGACACAUGAGUCCGAACGGAUCAGAAGAUAUUCGAAUGUCAGAAACUGAUGCUGAUCGUCACUAUAGAUUAGAUAGCUCCGCUGCUUGUAGUGAGUCAUCGCAAGGCUCCAAUCAGUUAUUAGCACAAUCGCAGAAAACUGCUACAAUUCAUACAUCUUACAGUAAUCGUUGUCGUCCACGCUCCGAAGAGGAAGCAAGAUUUUCACUUGGUAGCCGCUACCGACAACCACCGCCAGCCGCAAGACACGCGCCACAUCAAUCCCAUUCACCUCAUGCAUUUGGACAUCAUACGCACCACUCUCAUGCGCAUGGACAUGCAACACACGGUCCACACUCGUCGCAUCACUCCUCGCACAGCCAUUUACACCAGGAGGAUGAAGCUAUUUAUGAAUCAGCUGACCAUCAUGAACACAAUCUUGUAGAUGCGCGUCUUGAUCGCCAUGAAACAGCAGAAAGUGAAAGUGAUGACUUUAUUCAAGCUCAACAACAGUUAGCCCGGUGGGCGAAUGAGGACGUGGUCUCUGUCGUGAUAUUGGACCAGCCACCACCCGAAAUUAUGUCGGAUUCCCAACCAUACAACGACAUCGGGCUCAUGUCGGGGGCAUCAGCGAACAACUUUAUCCACGACCAGCAUUACGUCGAUCAUCAAUCAUCUACAGCAAAGGCAGCAGUAGUCAACAACUCUAUAAUGGGUUUAUCACUAGUCCCGAAUGGUAUAAGUGUAAGUCAGAGGGACUUUUAUCCCUCGCCACCGUCGACAGGCACGGAAAGCAGUGGAAGUGUAAACCAGCCUCUUCCAUUUCGCACUUUGCAGUCAUCAGAUACGACGGACUUAAGUCAACAGCAAAUGCCAUUACAGAAAGUACCGUUAUACCUCCAUCAGCAUCAACAGCGUAUUCAGAAAUCGGUCGAUACCAGCAGCAACAGCAGCCAGGUAGGACAAAUCUUAGAGGAUGGCUGCUACCCGGAAUAUAAGCAUUGAUAAUGGAGACUGCUUGCUUUCAUAAUUGUUAUAUUUUUAAAUAAAUCAGGCCUACUCUUUUGUGCCCAGAAAUAUCGUGAAGAAUCACAUAUUAUUUCUUCUAUUAUUGGCACUAGUAUCGAACUUUAGAAUUACUUUAUAAAAUAGACAUAUUUCGAAAAAUAUUUAUACCUGGAAUUUCUUAAAACUAAAUGAAUAUUUGAUGUAAAUGUAAAUUAAAAAAAGUUAACGUUGUGAGAGAGAUGCAAACAAAUUUUUUGCAAUUAAAAUUAACAUAGUUUUAAAGCAGGGAUGGUAAAAACCUUGCACUGAAAAUAACUGCAUCUGUUAGUUAUGAAAAGCUGAACAAAUAAACUCUGUUUUUACGGCA